AUGUGCUUCGGCUCCUCCAAACAAACCCCCUACUCCUCGCAACCUCCCAGACCAGUCGCCUACAACCACAACCCCAUCCAUUAUAACCACAGCAAUAAUCACCUGCAACAGCGAGGAUGGUACUACCAGCCCGGGAAUACCGCCUACACACAACCAGGACUACACGACGUGUUGCAGGAUGGUGCAGGCCGCAAGAAGAAGAAGCCCAAGAAGUGGAAUCAAGUUAGAUAUGGGAGGAGGGGCGUGGGAUUCUCCUUUACAGGGGCUGGUGGUGGUGGAUGGAGUGGUGGUGGAUGGAGUGGGGAUGGGGGAGGAGGAGGAGGAGGAGGAGGAGGAUGCGAUGGCGGCGGUGGUGGUGGUGGUGGGGGAGGUUGUUAG